GUUGACUUUCUGGACUGAGACUAAGCCAACCGCCGGCCGCUUUAAAGGUCUCCUCCUAACCUCACGUGGUCGACACACUGAAGGCUCAAAGGGGUAAACAAGUCAGGACGAGUUAAUGGGCGGUGGCAAAGGCAGGUUCGGCCCUGGCUACCGUGUGUAAACAAGCUCGUCAGUCGAACAUUGUUUCGGAGCCAGUGUUCCAUAACAGAAAAUAAUAGUUGCUUCCCUCGUCAUUGCUUCGCGCUCGCUUUACCAGCGUCAUAAAAAUCAGACAGGAAUUGACACUCUCCUACUGUCAUCGGCACUAGAGAAAAACCGGUGGUGGCAAUAGGCCUGGCUGACCAAUAGCACGAAGGACAGCUGUUUAAGCCACGCCCCUUUCUCCUUCCAGCAGCAAAUCAGAACGAAGCAAAUGGGGCUCGUCCUACCACCGGCUUAUGUCGGUGGGGCGGGUUUUGCUUCUGCUCAGGCCGUGUGAGGAGGAAGAGGAGGAAGGGAAGGACGGCAGGUCGAGCGGCGCCGUCAUUGAAUUCGGGGCUCCCGCUCUCACCGCGCAGGCAGGAUGGCGGCUGCCGUGGCUGGGUUUCGUGCUUCUUAUCACCGUUUCUUAGACAAGAUCGAGCUUAUGUUGCCGCCCCGGCUGCGUCCUUUAUAUAACCACCCUGCAGGUCCCAAAACAGUGUUUUUUUGGGCACCUGUUAUGAAAUGGGGUUUGGUAUGUGCUGGAAUGGCUGAUAUGACUAGGCCUGCUGAAAAACUCAGCACUUCACAGUCUGGCGUCCUAAUGGCUACAGGCCUUAUUUGGUCAAGGUAUUCUCUAGUAAUUAUUCCUAAAAACUGGGGUCUAUUUACUGUUAAUUUCUUUGUUGGCUGUGCUGGUGGCUCUCAGCUGUACCGCAUAUGGAGGUAUAACCAAGAGUUAAAAGCCAAGGAACUGGAAAAGCAACAGUAGAAAUUCUAGUUAAUUUCUUCUGAUCUCACUCUAAACUACUUCCUAAGGGACCUACAGUAGUUUUAAUCCUGUUCAGUUGCCCAGUGUGAAUUUUUACUAAAAGUGGUAGAGCAUGUUUUUCUAUAAAGUUAGAAAGCAGCGUCUUUGCAUUUAAAUAAAGUCUUUAAUAAGC